AUGUUUGAACACAUGUACGCAGGGUGGGGAACGCAAGUGGGCAGCUUGCUGAAGCCUGAUCGUUUUACCCCGGAGUGGUCUGUCGACAGCUCGACGAUCAAUGCCUAUGCAUUGGGCGAGAAGGAUCCUCGUCAGCGCAUUUUUGUGUACAAUGACGAAGGAGUGUCUCCCGCCAGCAAGCAGAUGUGUGUGCACACGCUGCGAAGCUUCAGCAAUCCCGCGAGAUACAUCGUGGACACCAUCGAUGCAGACGAGCUCAAAGAGAAGGACUGGGAAGAGACGGCGGCCAUGCUCGUGUUCCCCGGAGGCGCCGACAAGCUCUAUCGAGUGGUUGGACGGGAGGGGGGAAAUGGGUCCAAUCUUCGGAUUCGAGCAUUUAUCGAAAACGGAGGGAACUAUUUGGGGAUUUGCGCAGGCUCCUACUAUGGAUCGAAACAAGUCGAAUUUGACAUUAACGGUCCGUUGGAAGUCAAUGAGGAGCGCGAAAUGAAACUGUUUAAGGGUCGGGCGAUCGGUCCUGCUUUAAAGGGAUUCGAUUAUUUUACGACAAAGGGUCAGUACGCCUUGCCAUUUGUGUUCAACGAAAAGAACCCUGUAAUCGAAGCACACAAGAGAAUGAGCUUUAGGAGGGAGAGGUUCUUCGCAAAGGAAUCAGCUAUUACAAGGGAGGACCUUACUUUGUACGCCUAUGCUCUUCUCGAUUUAGGGUAG